AUGCGGAAGAGCUGCAAGGCCAGCUGCAAGGUGCUGCCCUCCUGCUUCGCCAGCAUAGCCAGCGGCCCUUGGGGUGGGCACGCCACGCCGGCGGGCACCGCGCGGUUCGCACUUGGCGCCGACGAGGCCGCUGCCGGGCACUUCCGCGAGCAUGCAGUACGCUACACAGGAGUGCACGCCUCAAAUGCUUCCCUCACACUUAGCAGCCUGGGCAUUGGAACCUACUUGGGCGCCGGCGACGAUGCCACCGACGAGGCGUCUAUAGCAUCGGGCUGGAACGUCAUAGACACCGCGGCCAACUAUAGAGGGGGACGGGCGGAGACGGCGGUGGGACGAGCGCUACACGCGCUGCGCCUGCUGGGAGAUGCCGAGCGGGACCAGCUCUUCAUCUCCACCAAGGCUGGCUACUCCCCAGACGGCCUGAUGGAGCGGCUGCUGCAGGAGGGCGAGGUGCUUCCGACAGAUGUCGUCAACGACGUGCACAGCAUGCACCCCUCAUACCUCCUUGCCUCGUUAGACCGCUCCCUAGCUGAGAUGGGCGUCACCACCGUCGAUCUCUUAUACCUGCACAACCCUGCGGAGAGCCAGCUGGCGCAAGUGGGACAGCAGGCGUUCAUGCAGCGGCUGCGCGCCGGGUUUGAGUUUUGCGAGCAGGCACGAGCUGUGGGCAAGAUGCGUGCCUACGGAAUCGCCUCCUGGAGCUGUUUUAGGGUGCCACCGGGCCACCGCCAGCACCUCAGCCUGCAGUCGGUAGUGGAGCUGGCUGAGGAGGUGGGAGGCAAGGACCACGGCUUUAGAUACAUCCAGCUCCCCGUCAGCGCGGGCAUGCCGGAGGCCUGGUCAAAGCCCUGGCAGGAGCUGGUGCAAGAUGGCGUGCGCACACGCGUGACGCUCAUGAAGGCAGCUGAGAAGCUGGGCCUGGGGGUGUUUGGCAGCGGGCCGCUCAUGGAGGCAGAGCUGCUGCGGAAGCCAGAUGUGACGCAGGCAGUUGACGGCAUGCCGCAGUUGCAACACAUCCAGGACACUGCGCCGCGGUUACUCCAGCUCGCGCGCAGCACUCCAGGUCUGCUCACCUCGCUCGUCGGGCACAAGACGCCCAAAAACGUAGACCAAAACUGCAACCUCGCGCAGCUGUUCCGCGGAUGGAACGCGCUGCCCAGCCUCAUGCUGGUCCUGCUGGGCGCCUGGACGGGCGCCGGCAAGACCGUGCUGGCCCUGCAGCACCUCACAGGCGUGCGGCUGACCAUCGCCGCCUCUGCCGCCGCCACCGUGCUGUACACCCCCCUGAUCAAGCGCCACCUGCUGGCCAAGAACCUGGUGGUGGCUGCCACCAUCGCGGCGGCGCCGCUGGCGGGCGCGCUGGCCGCGGGUGCCGCAGGAGCGGGCCUGCGCGCCGUGCUGGCCCCCACCGCCUUCCUCUUCCUGGGCAUCCUGCACCGGGAGAUCAUGAUGGACAUCCAGGACCGGCGCGGCGACGGCGCCUCUGGAGUGCGCACGCUGCCGGUGGUGCUGGGCCCGCGCGCCACGGUGGGCGCCUGCUUUGCCCUGCUGGCGGCCAGCCUGGCGCUGACGGCGCACGCCGCGCUGCAUGGCAGCGGCCUGGCCUGGGCCUGGGCCGCACGCCCCGGGCUGGAGGCGCCGCUGCGCGCCGCAGCCCUGGCCCUGGCCUCGUGGAACCUGCUGCAGCCGGCGACGGCCGCGCUGCGCGUGCUGCGCGCCGGAUUUGCCCGGGAGGCGGUGGCUGCCGCCGUCUCUCACUCCAUGGCCAGCAUCUCCCUGGGCACACUGCUGCUGGCGCUGCUGGUCUGAGCCUUGCGGCCUAAACCUGUUCCCGGAGGAUAUCCCGCCUCUCCUACUAGCCCAGCCCCAGCCGAUCCAGCCCCAGCCCAGCCCAGCCUAGCCCUCUCCUAGCCGCCCAGCCCUCUCCAUCCCAACCAGGACGGCCAGGAGCCUCGCCUGGACCCAGAGUAGUUGCUAGUUCAUCGCUCCCCAGUGGCGGCACCUUAUGUACCCAGGACGCCACCCGAAACCCUAUGGUUUUUCCUCGCCCUUCCAGCCAGCAGCUCGGUAGAUGCAGACUGCACUGCUUUUCUCCACAAGGUGUGGUGCUACCAGCAUCUUCUGUCCUCGAUCUUUCCCGCCCCUGUUAUUUUUAACACAUGCCGUUAAACUUCAACACCCAUGCUCUCCUAUUCCACGAACCAAACCUCUUUGCCUUCUUUCUGAUGUGCGCCUGCCUGCUUGAUGCCGCCGCUCCGACAUGACGAUUGCCUGCCUGACCAUGAUGCAUCGAUACGACCCCCCUUCCUGCUUCCCCAUGCAACCACGCUUGCUACAUAUCCACACAUACCCAGCGCCCUCAGCUGACCACAAUCUGUGUACCCAUCCCCUCCUUUGCCUCUCUUCCUCACCCGCUCGACCCUCCUGGCUCUGGGCCAGGCUGCCAACCCCCCCUCCAGUUUUUCGUGACGCGCAGCCCUGGCUAUGCUCUGUUACAACCAGCCCCUCCUCUGUGCUCCCUAUCCCUCCUCCUAUGGAGGUCUCCCUGGCCCGCUGUGUUCACCCCGGGUUCUACAUGCUCUAUGGCUGUUGAUACGAUGAACUUGCCACCAGUUUUUCCUAACCACGCCUUCAGCCAAUUGCUUCUGCAGAUUGAGAGCUUUAAAGCUGUGCCAAC